AUGAUUGCCAAAUCCGCGAUCCACUUCUCAUUGUGCUCUGAAAUCCGUAUAAACGGGCAAGGAUUCAACGUUUCUUCAUCAUCAACUCCAUGGAACUGGGAGAGGAAAUGGCCGGUUAUAUGCUUCUGGUUUAGGCCUAAGGUUACUACCCCAGUAGAUUGCGAAGUGUGGAAAACCAAGAUUCCUGGGCCCAAUGAGUAUAUUCGUAGUCAUGAAGAAGAGCUCAAGAAGAUGAGAAUGGAGAAUGGAACUAGAGGGGUGGAAAGUGGAUUUGCAGAAGAUAAGAGCAAUUGGUCACGUAGACAACGAAAGCAAUGCGGCAACGUGGAUUCUGACACUGGGGCGGAUGAGACCCCGCGAAACGCAUUCCGUAGAAUUCAAGUCUUUUGUUCAAUUGUUUGUGAGGUUUAUUGGUUUGGUGUGAAGGUCCGCAUUAUUCGAGGCCGAAGUGAUCCACCUUCAAAGAGGAUUGAUUGA